AGGCCGAGGGGAACCACCUUAAUUGGGUGUGGCUUGUGACGUUAACUAGCUACGCGAUCUCUAUUGACAACAAAUCAUUUUGUCGAGGUAGAACUAACGUUAGGCCUACUCAAUAAUGGGUAAAUUACAGGUAUUUGAGGUUGUUUUCGAAGGUAGCAAUGAAGUGUUCAAACCAGGGGAUACCAUCCAGGGACACGCAAGGAUAGUUUUGACGGGAGAAAAGGGAGACAUUCGAGGAAUUAAGGUAAUAUGCAAAGGCAAGUCCUACACUCACUGGACUGAAACACGAGGCUCUGGAGAUCACCGAAGAACCAUCCAUUACACAUGGAAAAUUCCAUUCUUCAAGCAAGAAGUCAUUCUCCGUGGAGCAGGCAAGAACAACCAGGCAGCGAGCAGAAUGAAACUACCCAUGGGAGAUCAUCGCUUCCCGUUUCAAUUCCAGUUACCCAGAGAGGCCCUUCCACCACCGUUUGAAGGCACAUGGGGCUGGGUGAGGUAUUACAUCAAGGCCACCAUAGACAGGCCAUGGAAAUUUGAUCAUAAAGUUCAACGUUUCUUCAGUAUCUGGACUACGAAGGACCUCAAUUUGCUGCCCAAUAUAUUAACAAGUCCCGUUGGGAUUACAGAGAAGACUGUGUGCUGUUUGUGCUGCGAAUCUGGACCAAUUAACGUCCGUGGAUCUAUUGAUAAGGGUGGUUAUGCACCGGGAGAGAAUAUCCUUGUUACCGUAGAGCUCAAUAAUCAGUGUGGUAGAGAGUUAGUCUCACUCAAGGCUGCACUGAUACAGAAAUCACGUUACCAUGCCAAACAUGGAGGAAGCACUCACACCCGUAAGAACACCAAAAAGAUCUGUGAGAUUUCGUUUGACGACUGUAACGCGCAGGAAUCAAUGGUCUUUGAGAGGAGACCCAUGGCCAUUCCACCGAUAGCUCCUAAUUCAUUUGAGAAUUGUCCAAACAUUGAAGUCAUGUACCAUGUGAAGAUAGAAGCGGAUGUCUCAGGCACACCCAUCGAUGCAACCGUUGAAUUACCUAUAGUCAUAGGCACAGUACCUGCCUUGCCUCACUUGGUUCAACAAGCCCAAACAGGCUACCAAGCCCAACCAGGCUACCAAACCCAACCAGGAUACCAAGCCCAACCAAGUUAUCCAGCACAACUGGGUUACCAAGCCCAACCUGGCUACCCUCCCCAAGGUGGUUACACCCAACCUCAGCCACCUCAACCAGGUUACCCACCACAAUCUGGUGGCUACCCACCACCACAAGCUGGUUACCCACCCCAACCAGCUGGUGGUGCAUCAGCGCCACCCGCUCAGUUUGGGUACCCUCCUGAUCAAGGAGCGUCUCAAUAUCCUCCUCAGUCCCCAGUUUUGCCUCCUCCAAGCUAUGAGAUGGCGGUGGAGGGGCCGAUCCAGAUAGAAGGCAAGAAAGGAAAUUUUGGGACCACGAGCUACGCACCAAGAUACCCCUACUACAACCCAGGAUCAAUCUCUCCGCCUGUCCCAUCUCAGGAUCCGAAUGCACCUGUCACAACCCAGCCUCAGUUCAGCCAACAACCAGCACAAGCAGAAGAAAUUCUGGUCAAAUUUAAUCCAUAGAGGUGCCCCAAUGUUUCUAGGAUCCUUUGGGUCCCUGCAUUCAAGGGCAAGAUUCGUUAUUUGGAAGGUUUGAAGACUCUGAAGGGUAUUUUUUCUUCUGAAAAUGCAAGUAGCAUUGCCAUAUACCAAGAUGAAUUUAAGUCUGAAAAUGAAAAGAGGUUUUUUUAGUCAGAAAUUUGUGGUUUAUUCCAGUUGUAUGUUAUUCUACAUUUUCGUUAAGCCAAACGAUAAUAAUGUACUUGUUAUUCUGAAGGUUCAAGAAUCCAACAUUAAAUUUUUUUUUUAUUCCAGAGUUUUAUUAGUCUAAAGUAAUGAUCGAAGGUAUGUACUUAAGUUAUGAAUGCUACUUCUUUCAAUACGGGACUAUGGAAC